AGCGCCGGGAGUUGGAGUUGCCGGGAGUUUCCCCCCCAGCCCCUCCCUCCUCGCGCGCGGCAGCAGGAGCCGGCGCGGGAGGCGCGAGCGGCGGCCAGCCAGCACCCGAGCAGGCAGAGCUCGUCCGGAGCCCGGAGCCCCGUACGGGGCAGUUCCCGGGGAGGAGCCUCGCGGGCUGGGACGCGUGCGGCGCACUGGCACUGUCUGGGCACAGACCGCGCUGCAAGAAAACCCACUGUGUGCCCUGGUUACUUGGUUGACAAUGAGUGCCAAAUCUGCGAUCAGCAAGGAAAUUUUUGCACCUCUUGAUGAAAGGAUGUUGGGAGCUGUCCAGGUCAAGAGGAGGACAAAGAAAAAGAUUCCUUUCUUGGCAACUGGAGGUCAAGGCGAAUAUUUAACUUACAUCUGCCUGUCAGUGACCAACAAGAAACCCACACAGGCAUCCAUUACGAAGGUCAAGCAGUUCGAAGGCUCCACGUCAUUUGUGCGGCGGUCACAGUGGAUGCUCGAGCAGCUUCGCCAGGUUAAUGGCAUCGAUCCUAAUCGGGAUUCUGCAGAGUUUGACUUGUUGUUUGAAAAUGCCUUUGACCAGUGGGUAGCCAGCACAGCCUCAGAAAAAUGUACCUUCUUCCAGAUCCUCCACCACACCUGCCAGCGCUACCUCACAGACAGGAAGCCGGAGUUUAUUAACUGCCAGUCCAAGAUCAUGGGAGGAAACAGCAUCCUCCAUUCAGCCGCUGACAGCGUGACCAGCGCAGUACAGAAAGCGAGCCAGGCCUUGAACGAGCGCGGGGAGCGGUUAGGCCGUGCGGAGGAGAAGACGGAGGACAUGAAGAACAGCGCCCAGCAGUUUGCGGAAACCGCACACAAGCUUGCCAUGAAGCACAAAUGUUGAGAAACUGCCUCUCCCAGAGACCUCUUAAGAGAAACUGAAGUUUGUUCAGCAGUUCUUACCAGAAACUCCGGACCUCCGCUUGCUUCUCCAGUCCCCCACCCCCACCAAAAUAUGGACAUUUAGAUGGUUUUUCCUUUUCAGAUGUUAAUAUGAGAGAAAAGAUGGUGUGUUUAUAUUAAUACAUUUCCCUAAUAAUCUUGCUAAGAAAUGCUGCAUAGUAUCAGCUUCAUUUUUUUCUGACUGUGUGUAUGCGUGUGUUCGUAUGUGUGUUUUUUUAAGGGGUUUUUUUUUUUUUUUUGGUAGUUUGAAUAUGAAAUUUGGACCAAAUGAUAUAUUGAGCUAGGUCUAAACCAUAUUUUUUUUUCCCUGAUAUUAAGCAGGAAGACAUUUUAAUGUGACAUCAGAUGCUAUUGUUCCUGGUUUGAUAAAAGUCAAGCAGGUUGGUUUCACUCAGACUCUUAGCUACUCUUAAUUUGAAGGUUAAGAUUCUAUAUCCUGAGACAUAAAUCUGUAUUAUGGAAAACAAUUGGAUUUAUCAGGAGAAACAGCAGUCUUUGAUUUUGCUUUCUGUGUAGUAAUUUUCUGCAUGAGCCAUCACCAGCAUUCAGAAAAACAAAUAAGAAUCACAGAUAGAAAUCUACUUUCUGAGCUACAGUUUAAAUUCUUCCACUACUUGUUUCCAGGCUGAUCAUUUAGAAUUACCGUAUGAAGGAUAAAAAUUUGAGAUUAAAGACCUAUGGAAAAGCCUAUUUAAAAACUAAUGUGAAUUCAUGAACAUUUCUUUGUCAUCGUCCCAAAUUGUAGUAGCUGAUUUUGAAAAGAGCUUGGAUUUUUAUCAAGAAUUGAUUUGUCCAGAUAGAUAGAGGUCUGUGUAAAUGAUAAUGUGAAAAUAUAAUACAUUUAAAGUCUUUUUUCUUUUCUUUUCACAAAGACAUACCUGUUUAGAGACGCCCUCAUGAUGUCCUUAGGAAAUGGCCUUCAGUUCUCAAUAUCUGAUUUUUGGAGGCUUUGAUUUUGUUACUGCUAUUUAUUUAAUGUAAUUUGAAAGUGAGGGCUUCUUGACAAAUUGCAUUUCAUGGCAAUUGUAACUUGCCUCAUCUGACAUAGAACAGUAUAGUCUUGAAGCCUUUACAUUAUAGUCAGAAUGAAUGAAGUUGGUUCAUUACAGCUCCUGAUUUUGUAUCACUCAACAUGGACCCAGAUUUUCAGUCUGAGAGUUUGGUUUCUUCGAGGGUUAAAAUGCUAAAUAUAAAAGCUGUGCUUUGUCUUCCUGAAACUAGGAAGCAAGCUGCACAUCCCAGAUACAUUCUCAGCCUCCCGCUGUGAUGCAUUGAUUUUUAAGCUGCCUGGAUCAUCAGGACCCUUUCUAUUCCUUCCUACCUAUUGAGCCGACUGAGGCCAUGUGUAUUGUAGCUUCUACAUAGCAGCAUAAAAUGACUUUGGGAUUAUUUAUGCUGAUUUAAAUAGCUUAAGUUCUCCUGCUAAAGCUUUGCCAGGGAGAUAGAAAAUCGGGCUACUGGGGGGGUGGGGGGGUGGGAUGGGAAAUGAUCUCAGGCAGUAUGUGUCAAAAGGGAGGUGAGAUUUGCCAGAGAAGAAUUUCUGAAUCCUCUUAGGGAGAUGAUCCAGUUCAAGGAAACUCUCUGUAGAAUUUAUAGGGUAAACUCUAUGUUUACUAUAAUAUUUUGUACUUUUCUUUUGGUGUCUUAAAACUUUAAAGAAGCAAGGAACUUAUUAUCUGGUGAGUACUAUUAGAAGCAUUUAUGAUUUCUAAGAAAAGCUGAAAAUACCACACCAGAUAGGUUUUCUUUGCAGACCUCUGUUUAGUAAAAGCAUGCGCGGGCACACAUAUGCAUCUUCCCAAAUUGAAUUCUAGCUUCAGAGAUAGAUAGUUGAUAUAAAUAAUUAGAAGAGUAAAUCUCAAACCCCUGACAAUCAGCCAAACACAAAAUUAAAAUUUGUUGCCAAGUAUUUAACAACACAGUGUUUGUGAAGCUGCUUCUAAAGUAGCAGAGGGUGAGGUCAUAAGCAUACUGUGAAAUGUGAGAUUUUUUUUUUUUCCUCUCUGGUAAACUUGUGAUAGUUAUCCUUCAUAAAUAUAAGUAUUCCACAUCUUCCCCUCUUUCCUCACUCUCUGUUUAUCCUUUUAAACUUCAGUCUUUUGGAAGACAUCCUGAUUUGAAGAAAGUCUGUCUGCACCAUUACUCGCUUCCUCCAUUGAUUUGCCUCCAGGCUGUGGUCAUGCCCUUGACCUCCCUGUGUCCACGGCCUGCCUAGGCCUCUACCCGCAGAGAGGGCCAACAGCAACCCCAGUCCCUUCUGGACCUCCUGACUGCAGAAAAGCAAGCUUUGUGAUGACACAUGUGAGGUUCUUUGGUAUCCUUUUGUAGAAGGUGCUUCAGUACAAAGUAUUAGUACAACCUAACCUAGAGGAAAUUGCUAAAAUGAUUCACAUUAUGUGGUACCAAUUCAUUUGGGACCAAUUCAGUGGCUUGCUAAAAGACAUUUAAUUUCUUUGUUUCGUUUCUGCACCUCACUAUUGAGUUUUGGAAAUACGUUUCUGUGAAGGAUUUCUUAGAUUGAACUGACAACUCGAAAAGAGUCUUCCCAGUGCUCUCACUUCUUCCUGGAUGUAGCUGCAGUAUUCUUCCCCAGCACUAUUAGGUACCUAUAUACAGGAAGUAGUGAUUCAGGUUAAUGUUUCAUAUUAAAGAAUGUAUUUGUAAAAUGUAACAAGAGCAGUAGUUAACUUUUUCUAAGCUCUGAAAAAAAAAAAAGAUUAUGUGUUAGACUUAAAAUUUCGGUGAAAUCUGUCUUAAUACUACUUUUGUGGCUAACAAAGGUUGUGCAUUUAUGUAAAAAUACUUAUCCAGAAUGCCCUCAAUAAACAAUAUUAAAGAUA